UUUAAAGCAAAAUGGCAUAGUUAACGGACGGAAGGGAGGAUACGAACAAACCCUAAUCCUCGGCCAAGGAUCCAAGUGAUGGCUGGCAAUGGCGAUGACUUCAUCCAAUCCUUCCUCAGUCGCUGUAGCUAUUAGGAAUUCAUUUGUUGAGGCAGACAGACUCUUGUAUUCAUCAUCUUCUUCGUAGUCCGAUCGCUUCGUCUACCUUGUCGGUGUAGGGCUUCGUCGUCUCCGCCUUCGUCUUCGUCUUGCACCGAUCGGAGCUUUCCCCGGAGCGUCGGAUUGGCGAGGCCGGUGCUUUGGCAGAAGUAGGCUGCAAGUUAUCGAUAGGCUUGGUCUCUUCCAUCGUCUUCUUCAGCUCUGUACUAAGCCGCUAGUCGAAUUCCAGGUGAAAUUCCAUAGCCAUGAAUCCAUUGACAUUGGUUAAGCGUAUCCAAAAUAUAAAUAAAAAGGAAGCUAGUCUUGGAAUAUCAGAGGAAGCAUCAUGGCAUGCUAAGUAUAAAGAUUCUGCUUAUGUUUAUGUCGGCGGUGUUCCAUAUGAUCUAACUGAAGGGGAUCUUCUUGCAGUGUUUGCUCAGUAUGGGGAGAUAGUUGAUGUUAACUUAGUGAGAGACAAAGGUACUGGAAAAUCGAAAGGAUUUGCAUUUCUUGCUUAUGAGGAUCAGAGAAGCACAAAUCUUGCAGUAGACAAUUUAAAUGGAGCUCAAGUUCUUGGAAGAAUUAUUAGGGUUGAUCAUGUGAAUAAAUACAAGAAAUUGGAGGAAGAGGAUGAAGAGACUAGGCAGCAGAAAAGGGAGGAACGAGGCGUGUGCCGUGCGUUUCAAAGGGGGGAAUGCAACAGGGGAGAUAGCUGCAAAUUCUCGCACAAUGAGCAAAGAGCUGCUAACACGGGAUGGGGUGCCAAGGAAGAUAAGGAAUCAAAUUCGAGGUGGGGGCACGACAAGUUUAAGGAUGGAAGAGGUGGUAAUAAAAAUAGCAACAAAGAUUCACAGUAUUCUCGAGCAAGAGGCGAUGAGACUGCCCGGGAUAAUAGGUACCGUGAACCUCAAUUGGACACAAGAGAUGACGAAAGAAGAUCUGGCAAGAAAGAAUCGGACAAGGGUUAUUACAAACCAAAGGAUGUUCGAGAUGCCUCUACAACUGAUAAAAGGACGAGGCAAAGUUACAUUUCACCGGAUGCCAGGGAAGAACACGACCGUAGAAAUGAGAAGAAAACAAGAAAAUACGACGACAGGCACAGCAGGGAAAGAGACAGUCGAUCGUCACACCACCAUCAUCGUGGAGAUCGUGAUGGUGAUGAUGAACGAAAUCGAUCGCAUCGACGAUGAAUCUGGAGCUCUGAUUGAUUUGGAUCGUUUUAUUUCGACGACGACGUCGACGUCGGCGGUUUGCUGUGAGUUCAUUCGUUGUGAGAAUGUAGAAUUGGGAUGAUGUUUGAUUUGCUGGAGAUUGAUUGAUCGAUCAUGGGCGUGUUAAAGGUUGAUGAGAGGAAGGUGAGCAUUGUAAUGUAACUCAGGUUAAUUGUUACUAUGGUUAGUUUUUGACUCAAGGUAGAGUAUGAGUUUCCCGUGUU